UACUCCGCGCACAUGCGGACAAAUCUCACAGCGUGUGGGGCAGAGCGGGGCUCACAGGAGAGAGUGAUUAGUUUAUUUUCUACUGUUUGCCCCCGCUUUUUAUUUAUAGCCGCCCAUCGCAGGGAGUCCUGCAGCCUGAGCUGACCCAGAAGCCGGUGCCUGUCCGGGACUCUAGAGAUGUGGAAGGAGGAGCCCUGGGUGGAAACAACAACAACAACAACAACAGGGCGCGCUGCUGUCCCGUUGGAGCGUGUCCCGGUCCAUGUCCACUAGCCCCGCUACACCUGUCUUCGUUCAGUCGCGUCCGCCCAGUCCCGCUCAGAGACGCACCCCGAUGGCUGAUGAGGAUCCGCAGCAGCCAGACCCUGGGGUGGGGAGUCUCCCCGGCCUGCUGCCCGGGCUGCAGGGGGCUGAGGCCAGCGCUCUGCAGCUCAGGAUCAAGAACUCCAUCUGCAAAUCUGUCCAAUCAAAAGUGGAAAACAUCCUGCAAGAUGUGGAGAAAUUCUCAGACAUUGAAAAACUCUACCUCUACCUCAAGUUGCCUACUGGUCCCAGCAUCAGUCCAGAGAAAAUUGACCAGAGCGCCCUGUCAUCCAGCCGCACUCAGCAGAUGCACGCCUUCAGCUGGAUCCGCGAUCAUCUAGAGGAAUACCCGGAGACCUCUCUUCCCAAGCAGGAGGUCUAUGAUGAAUACAAGAGCUUCUGUGACAAUCUCAACUACCACCCACUGAGUGCUGCAGACUUCGGGAAAAUGAUGAAAAAUGUCUUCCCCAACAUGAAGGCGCGACGCCUUGGCAUGAGAGGGAAAUCUAAAUACUGCUACAGUGGACUGAGAAAGAGGCCGUUUGUCCACAUGCCAUCUUUGCCCACCAUGGACGUCCAUAAAUCAGCAGAUGGAUGUGACACCCUGGAUUCCCCGUGCCAUGUUAGCGGCAUCAAGGAGGAGGUGCGAUUUGCAGCCUGUGAUCUCGUAUGUGAAUGGGCUCAGAAAGUGCUGAAGCGCCAGUUCGAUACGGUGGAAGACUUGGCUCGCUUUCUAAUCGACAGCCAUUACAUCAGCAACAAGUCUCUGGCAGCUCUCACUUUAAUGACAGGAGCAGCAGCUGAUAAGCAAGAGGUCAACCCACAGCAGACCGUCUCAGGCUUUGCGCCCACAGCCGAGGCUCAGGCAUUUCAGCCUCAGGGGAAAAUGUUUUCACCAACAUCCUCUGAUGCAAAGCAGCAGCUGCAGAGGAAGAUCCAGAGGAAGCAGCAGGAGCAAAAACUGCAUUCCCCUUUACUUGGAGAAGAAACGGCAAAGAGGACACUUGACGCUGUGGCUUGUGCUAGCCCCAACCCUGCAUCGCCACAGCAGACCAUAGGCAUUGUGGUCGCGACUGUCCCUAGUCCCAUCACGAUGCAGAAGAGUGGGCAGUUGAUGUCACCGGGUUCUGUGGGAACAGCAGAGAGCAAAGUUGUACCCAUUAACUUUCAGAUGAUGUCCCAGCCAGUUCAGGUAGUGAACCAAAGCCACAAACCCUCCCGGAGUAAUCAUACCAGCCCGGCCGGGGAGCGGCCAGUUCGACAGCGCUAUGCUCAAAUCCUGCCAAAGCCCUCUGCCACCACCGACAUCACCAUGCGCUCGCCCUCCACUAUGAUCAUUGCCAACAGCCCCAUUAAGACGAUGAUGACAACCUGUCAGCUCAGCCCUGUUAGCUUGGUCAAGAUGACAGCCAUAUCCCUGGCACCUAACAGCGGCGAGACUACGUCCCUCACAAACACCAUGCUGCGACCAGCGUCUGCAGGUGUCUCUUCUGCAGCCGCGGCAGACUUCAGCUCCAACCAGAACACACGGAGUGCUUCUGCUGUGCCCAUUUUGGCUCCGGUAACCGGGCUGGAGCAAAGUGUUGACAUGCAAAGUGUGGAUGUGGAAAUGGAAGUUGAAGCAAUACAUAUGAACAGCCAAAUGCAGAAUCCCAGCAGUCACAUUUCAACCCAAGAGGGAGUGACAAUCAGAGCCGGAGGGUCUGUGCAGAGAGCGGCUAGCGUGCCCAUACCACAGACCAAAGGCUUCCUAUGCGGCGAAGAAACGCUGGGUACCAGAUACAAAGGAAGCUCCUCAUCUGGUGCCAGUGCUGCAGUCAAAACUAGCAGUAAUAGCCCUAAUAAGGCAAGCACUUUGCACUUAACCUCUUCUGAUUUAAACACCAGCACUCUGUCUACAGUAAACAAUAGCAGAUUAUCAUCCUGUGGAGAAGGCUCCCAGGCAGGGGAAGCAUUCUUGUCAACAAAGAGCUUCAGAAAACGCUCAGGCCUCAGUCCAGACCUCUCGCCAGUAAAAAGGGCUUUCAUGUCCCAGCAGCCUGCAGAGGGCACUGCUUAUGCUCCAAGCCAGGGAACCUCAGAUAGAUCAGAAAGCGCACCAGCCUCAAGAGAGCUAGAGAUGAAAACAACCUCUGUCUUCCCCACUCAGGUCCAUCAAUGUUCUCCUUCUCUCUUCGACCGUGUUGCCAAAACACAUAGCUCAAUGCAAAGGAAAAACACUCCUACUGUUAUGGAAACCGGCAUUGCAGUCAGUGACACAUCCAUGCAGGGGCAAACAGUCGGUAACGUGCACAAUAUGUCCGGUACACCUGGGUAUCAGAAUCCUGCAGGAGUCUUUGAGGGAUCUCAUCAGUCCAGUCCGACUGCAAACUGCCUGCAUUUCAUUAAUCAAGCAGCCUCUAAUCCGCUCCAGAUGCAGGAACAUAUGGAUUACUUUUCCUUUGAUGAUGAUGUGACCCAGGACAGCAUUGUGGAGGAACUGGUUCAGAUGGAGGAGCAGAUGAAACUUAAACGGCUGCAAGAGCUCGGAACCGGCUGCUCGCUGCAGGGCCAACCCAUCAUGACGCCAAGAAACGUUACUUCCACCAACCAGACCAUGAGUGGUUUUUAUCGAGCCCCAAACAACAGCGGAAACCUCAUCCACACACCCACACCCACUUCAGAGCUGAUUGGUGGAGCUCAGAGCCUGACAGGAGACAGCCCCUGCUCCCGGAUGGCCUCCACCACCCCAGUGGACAGCGCUCUGGGCAGCAGCCGCCACACUCCCAUCGGCACUCCACACUCCAACUGCAGCAGCACCGUCCCUCCCAGUCCAGUGGAGUGCAGGAACCCGUUCGCAUUCACACCUAUCAACUCCAGCAUGACGUCGUUCCAAGACAGCAGCCCUGUCUCCAUUAGUCCUGUGAAACCAAUGCAGAGGCCAACAGCCACCCACCCUGACAAGGCCAGGCUGGAAUGGAUGAACAGCAGCUACAGCAGCAACAGCGGCGGAGGCUCAAGCAAAUCCAGUGGUGGGAUGGGAAUCCUCAGCAGCUACAGAGGCCUGACAGAUGAGCCUUUCCAGAAGCCCCAUGCCUUUGCCGUUCCUCACGCACGCCACCACGACAGCCACUGUGGCCGCUUGACUCCCAUUUCCCCUGUGCAGCAACAAGUCACCAAUAUGAGCAGGCAGGAGGGUUUCGCCGUGCCAGCCCCUUUGGAUAACAAAAGCGGCAACACAUCGGCUGCAACGUAUCGAUGCCGCAGCGUUAGCCCAGCCGUGCAUCAGAGGAAUCUCAGUUUGAACGUAGGAGGUAAUGCCCCCAUUAACGUCCCCCGCUCUGUGGUAUCUCCCUUUAGUUCUCCAGUAACCCCCGAGGUAUUAAACAUCUUCACCAACAGCAAAGGAAACCUGGGGGUCAGCAGCAUGGCGCAGAGGAGCCGCUCUGUGCCACUCAACAUCAUGAUGCAAACCGAAGUGCAGCAAUGCACCAACAUUGGCAGCAUCCUUUUGAGCAAGAUGGAAGGGGACCAAGAUGAGGCUCUGCGAGGUUUGGGUAUCCAUAACCUACCCUCCACCUACACUGCACGGAUGAAUCUGACCCAGAUGCUGGAGUCUAAGUUCAGCCAACCAGGCAGUGAGAACCACCUUAGCCUGAUGCCUUCUGACUCCGCCAGCUUACAGCGGUCAGGGUACCUCAUAGAAAACACUGUUAAUGAACAAAUGAGUCUCUCAGCAGGCAACAACCAAACUCAACCAGCCUCUGCAGAGCACCACCACCAGCAGGCUCAGUCUGUAAUGUUAGCUUUGAGCUCACGGCAGCAGGAAGAGCUGCAACAACAGCAGCAUUUAGACUUUAGGAGCACGCAACAGCACCUCCUGACAGGUCCCAUCAUGGAGGAGUCAGAGCUCGCCGCGGGUGGGGCUGAUUUCCCUUGCGAAAUCAGAAUGACAUCAGAGCUUUCUGGGAGCAUGAAUGACCUGAACGCGCUGGACACAAACCUGCUGUUUGACCCCAGCCAGCAGCAGAGCAGGUUCCCCAGCUCUGCAGCAGAGGAGAUGAACGAGCAGCUGUUCCAGCAAAUCAGCGAGGCGCCUCAUUCAGGUGGGCUGGACUGGUUGGAAAGCAAAGAUCACCCAGCUGUUGGGCUGAUGGGCUGAAUACUGAGAAUUUUUUUCAAUUUUAACUGUUGUAGCAGAGUGUUUUUCAUGUAUUUAUGAGGUAUUUACAGCCUAACUCUAAUAUACUUAUGUAACUGAGGACAUACUGGAAGUUUGUCAAGUUAAAGUGCCAGGCUAAGCUGACAAUGCUGCAACACUAUGUAAAAAUGAGUAAAAUGCUGGUCAUUGCCCUUUAAACACAUAAUAAAUAGUCACCUCCUGUUUAACCUUAAUCGUUUCUAACAAGCAGACAAAGCAAAAAAAACAAAACCUCAGUCGCUAUUCUAUAUUUCUCUCCAUAAAAGUUACAUCAUGGUAUUAAUCAUUUAAAACUUCGACUAGAUAUAAAAAUCAUUAUAUAAAUAAAACUAUAACCAGUUAUUUAAUACUAAUAUAUAUAAUAACAGAUCUGUGUUUCAUAGACUUUUAGGAAGGGAUAAAUCUCAACUGUUUACUUAGAUAUUAACCAAACUAACCUCAAGUUGUGUAAAGGAUUACACUUAUGUUUGGCCAUGAGGGCCAAAGUUGUCAAGUCAGUUCCCAUGUGGGUUUAAAAAAAUGCCAAAAUAAUUCAGUUUUUACAUUUUUUUUAUCUGCUCAAUAACAAACUAACAAUUCC